GGCGCGGAGAUGACCGCUCUGAGCAGGGGCGAGACAGCGGAGGCAGGCAGCAACAAACAGAUGCAUGGGAAGACGACUUCUCUGAAGAGCCCUGUGUUCUGCACAGAGAAACUAGAGAGGGUUCAGACUCCCCCGGAAUCCAGUCUGCACUGGCCAGAAGGCUUGAAGGGUGAAGAGAUAAAGAAGUACAGUCGAGAAGGGACACUGCUGAGUAAAUACAACCAGCAAUACCACAAGCUGUUCAAGGACAUCCCCUUGGAGGAGGUGGUUCUCAAAGUGUGCUCCUGCGCCCUCCAGAGGGACCUCCUUCUCCAGGGCCGGCUCUAUAUCUCCCCCAACUGGCUCUGCUUCCAUGCCAGUCUCUUUGGCAAGGAUAUCAAGGUGGUCAUUCCCGUGGUGUCCGUGCAAAUGAUCAAAAAACACAAGAUGGCACGGCUUCUUCCCAAUGGCCUGGCCAUCACCACCAACACUAGCCAGAAGUAUGUUUUUGUGUCACUGCUCUCCCGGGACAGUGUGUAUGACAUGCUGAGGAGGGUCUGCACUCACCUACAGCCUUCCAGCAAGAAGAGUCUGAGUGUGAGAGAAUUUCCAGAGCAACCUGAGUGCGAGUCCCUGGAAGUCCUCAUCCCUGAGAUGAAGUGGAGAAAAGUGUGCCCUGCUUCCAGGUCCCUGUCCCUCCCAGGCAGCAUCCCUUGUAUCCCUCAGGCAUCCAUGGACUCUCCGGACAGCUUCUUCCCCUCCAGGAAACCGGCAGGGUCUGGUGAAAAGUCAAGAGUCCAAGCAGCUUCAGAGAAUGCAGGAGGGGCAUGUCCCACGCUGAGCUGGGGUCCUGCCUGCCCCAGGAAGAUGACUAACUGCUCCCUUAUUGCAGAGAGUGCUGUCUGUGAGGAAGAGAUGCUGGAGGAGGAGCCCAGGAGCAACGAAGAGCUUAGGCUCUGGAAUUACAGGCUCCUCAAGGUCUUCUUCGUGCUGAUCUGCUUCUUGGUCAUGUCCUCGUCCUAUCUGGCAUUCCGCAUUUCCCGGCUGGAACAGCAGUUAUGCUCCCUGAAUUGGGAUGGCCCAGUCCCUGGGCACAGGUGA